AUGGACCGUACAGUGCGGAGAGCCGGCGCAGAGUCAGGUGCUGCAAAGCCUCUCUACCUUCUCACGCUGGUUUCUCCCUCCAGGCCAGACCAAGACCCUCGCUUCUCUCCUCCGAACCUCGCAGCCCACACAAGAAGCAAUCCGGCUAAGCACGUUUUGUCCGAGAAAUGUGACGAUCGACUCUUCUCCUCACUUGUCGUCUUUCUCCUCUCGCAGCUCCAUAACUCGACAAUUUCUCGCCUCCAGCUUCUCUCCUGCUCGCAGCAGCUUCGCAAAGCCACAGCUUGCUUCGCCCAUUCUCGCUCCGCUUUCUCUUCCUCUUCCUUUCGUCUCCUCUCGUCUCCUCUACUCUACUCUCCCCCCAAACCACCAAGCAACCACCCGCCUACCAUGGCUCCGACCAAGAACUCCCGCAAAGACCACGACGACCACAAGGGCGACGCUCCGGCCGAAAAGAAGAAUGGCCACGGCUCUGCAAAGAUGCGCCGCGGGGCCAGCCAGCAGACGCACGCCGCCAGCCGCGAACUGCCUCCCGCUCCCACAUCUGCGCCCGCCCAGGCGCCGACCGAGCCUCUGCUCCCCAGCCUUCCCUGGUCCUCCUUUGAGCGACGAUCCCUCCACGCCUACGUCCGCGAACACGAAUUGACGACGCCCGCCUCCUACUCCAGCUCCUUCCACAACUGGGUGCUUUCGCGACCGGGUAGCCUGGGCCUACACUCUCCCACAAUGGUCCGCAAGCAGCAGAUCAAGCGACAGUCCAAGGACCAGCUCGCCCUGGCGGUGCGCAAGCACUUCAAUGGGCUCGGCAUCCAGGAGAACGACGUCAUUGUCGACUUUAUCUACAAAGUACGAAACCACCAGGGCGCGAAAUCCAAAGCGCCGGCGAAACAAGCCCUCAUGGCGACCGAUUGA